CCCUAUAGUCGCUUUCUCCCAUUUUGAUUGGCAUUGGGUUAAGCCACGGCGCUACUGUCUCUUCCUCCUUGGUUUGGUUUAGGCGAUAAUGCUGCGGUUGAGGAUCCCUCUAGCGCCCUCUGCCCUUCGUUCCGCCGCUCGAGCGGCAGCAGUAGGCGGUGCCGCCACUCCAUCGCCUCCUGCUCGAGGCGCCGCUGCCACUCCGCCGCCGCCGUCGCCUCGCAUCGCCGCUAUGGAGGCCGUCUCAUGGCCCGCCGCGAGCUGCAGCGUGCCCUUGGUCUCGUCAGGCUCUGGUCUCAAACAAACGAGUCUCCAGUCGACUUUUAAGUCCAGCUCGCGAGUUUGGCUUCCCAGACAAGGAGGUCUAUCAAUGAGAGCUUACUGCGCGGUGGCUAGUGCUGAAGUUGCAGCGGAGCCUGAGCAAGUUCCACUCAAACCCAUUCUCACUCCAGCUCAACAGGCUCUUCAGCCCGCUAAGCCGCCUCCAGCUCAGUCUGGAGAAAUCGAGCUUGAUCCUGAGAAGCUGGCGGAAGAGAUGAACACCUGUUCUCCCUUGGAGAUCAUGGAUCGUGCGUUGGGAAUGUAUGGCAAUGACAUUGCCAUCGCUUUUGGUGGAGCUGAGGAUGUCGCGCUCAUUGAGAUUGCGCAUCAAUCCGCGCGACCGUACCGAGUGUUCACGCUGGAUACUGGAAGGAUGAAUCCUGAGACGUACCGGUUCUUCACCGAAGUUGAGAGGCAUUACAACAUCCAAAUAGAAUAUGUUUUCCCGGACGCUGGAGAAGUUGAGAAGUUGACCAAAGACAAAGGGAUGUUCUCCUUCUACCAGGACGGACACGAAGAGUGCUGCAACAUUCGCAGGAUCAGGCCUUUGUCAAAGAAGCUGCAGGGCCUUCGCUCCUGGAUCACUGGUCAGCGUCGGGACCAACUCCCAGUUUCUCGUGGAAAAUUGCCUGUUGUCCAGAUUGAUCCAUCUUUUGAUGGCCGAGAUGGUCCAGAAACUCUGCUGAAAUGGAACCCACUGGCGAGUAUGUCGCAUAAUGAGAUCUGGAGAUUUCUCACGAACAUGAACGUGCCGAUCAAUGAACUUCAUACAAAGGGGUUCGCUUCGGUCGGAUGUGAGCCUUGCACGAGAUCGAUCCUCCCAUGGCAGCACGAGCGAGAGGGACGGUGGUGGUGGGAGGAAACCAACUCCAAGGAGCUGGGUAUCAACAAGGGCAACAUGAACAACGUCCGGCCUUACCGUAGGCAACAAGAAUUCGGCGGUGAUCUCUACAACAAUCCGUCGAUCAUCAAAUUCAGUCGUGAAGAAAUGCGAGCUCUCGGCAAGACCACGUCGCGUGAAAAGUCCGGCGUCGUGUGCCUGUACGCCCCCUGGUGCCCACAUUGCCAGGCCAUGGAUGCCGCAUACAAGGAACUCGCCACGAGGCUCGAAGGCACACCAGUCUACAUUGCCAAGUUCCGUGCCGAUGGUGUGAACAAGAUGAUGUGCCAGCAAGAGCUGAUGAUGACGACGUUCCCGACGAUCCUCUUCUUCCCCAAGAACAGCACGAAGUUCAUCAAGUAUCCAUCAGAGCGCAGGGACAUCAAUUCGCUCCACUCGUUCGUCAUGUCCUUCAUGUAGAAGAGAGAAUGGGGCGCUUUAGAGGAGGAUUAUAGGAUUUUGGAUGGAUAGAGCAACUAAUUCUUCGUCCCUGCGCUACUGGUUUGGUCGAAAGGAUGAGUUCCAGUUGGGUGCUAUCGAUGGUCACUAUAAUCUAGAGAAGAGUUCUAGAUGGUCGCUAUAAUCUAAAGAGGAAUUCCCCAUAAUCUUAGAGAAGAAA